AGUGAAAGUACCUUCAUAUAACAUCAACCACCUUCUCCUCCACCCUCCACCACCAUCUUUCAAUGGAAUCCUCCCCUCGAUUCCGAAGCACCGACUCAGACACCCCCUCCCCACCACCACCAACCAAACUCCGCCUUAUGUGCAGCACCGGCGGCCACAUCCUCCCCCGUCCCCACGACAAAUCCCUCUGCUACAUCGGCGGCGAUACCCGCAUAGUCUCCGUAGACCGUCACACCACUCUACAAGACCUCACUCACCGCCUCAACAAAACACUUUUCAAAUCACUUCCAACAUCUUCUUUCACACUCAAAUAUCAGCUCCCAUCAGAAGAUCUUGACGCUUUAAUCUCCGUAACCACCGAUGAAGACCUCGAAAACAUGAUCGAUGAAUACGAAAGACUGAAUUCCAGUUCUCGGAUCCGGUUAUUCGUUUUUCCAUCAAACCCAGAUUCCGGUUCGACCGUUUCGUCGAUCGGGUCGUUUCUGGAGAACCCGAGUAAGUCAGAAGAUUGGUUUAUGAACGCGCUAAACGGCACCGUUUCGGGGAUGUCGGAUACUUCGUCGGUUAAUUGUUUGUUGGAUUUGGAUGGCGAGAUUGUAGAGAAAAAAGAUGUUAGUCAUAAAAGGAAUGUUUUUAGUUUUACAAAUGUUGUAAACAAUUCGGGUCAGGAUGUUUAUUCGGUUCCGGAUUCGGGUCAGGAAACGACGUCGUCUUUCGGGUCGGCUUCAUCGCAUGGUAACUUGUUGACAAACAGUGUUCAGAAAGGGCAGAAUAAGGAUCAUGAGGAUGGGGGUUUGGUGGGUUUGUCGGCUCCGGUGGUGGUUUCUGGGUCGCCGGUGAGUUCUGCUACGGUGAUCCGGGAAGAAUCCGACCCGUUUUUGUUGUAUCAUGAGAGACUGGAGCCGGGUUUGGAUAUGGGGUAUGUGAAGCAUCAUCAACAACAAUCUACUGGUUUUGAUUUGUCUUCAAUGGAUUCAAUUCUAAGUGAUCUCACUAUAAACGAUCAAUCAUCGCCCGUUUCUCAAAUCCAAUCUUCUAGUUCCAACAAUCUAGCUGCUAAUCCGACCGAAACCCAUGAUCUAAACACUAGAAUUCAUAUACUACAACAACAACAAAAUGCUCAUAAUCCUGCUUAUUUAAUGCCAAUGCCAACAACUCAACAACAACCGCAAUACAUUCCACCACCGCUACAAUACAUCCACCACCACCACCACCCUCCAGUGGCGGUUCCGGUGACAUCUUUCUACCAGCACCAUCCGCAUCCUCACCACCCGCCAAUGGAUCAGCAAAACUUCAUGUAUUACAUUCCCACUAGGCAGCCACCACAAGGCUACAACUUCCCGUUGCAGCAAGUCGAUACACCGCCUGCAGCCGCCAUAAAACCUGAGUCGGCUGCAGGGGUUUACAGAACAACAAGUGCAGGUGCUCCCCAGCUUGUUAGAGUUCCAUCUGGGUACCAUAACCAGCUUCAACAUGUCGGGUACUCCGAGAUUCAUCAACCAACUCAGUCUGUAUACUAUGCAGCACCGUUGUUGAAUGCUCAAUAUCAAAAGAUGACAUCGGUUUCAGCUGUUGAAGCCGGUCUGCAAGAACAACAGAUGAGAAGUGCACAGCCAUGACAGUUGAGUUUCUUGAAUUUUGUUUGCUGCAAUUGCCAGAUGCCGAAUUGGGUCUUGUUUGUUUAUGUGUUCUAGUAUUGGUUUGUGGUAUGUGUUUGUGAUUGUUUAUAGCAUUAUAGGGAUAACUGGAAUAACCGAAAAGAGUUUGCGCCUUUUUCUUGAUCGAUUGACGACGAUUUGUGUAUAUUGUAAAAUGCAAGUGUUUGGGAACUAUAUGAUGAAAGCUCAAGACUCGUAUAUCAACCGUGGUUUUUCUGUU